UAUGCGAUAAUACUGUAAAGCUUUCAUUCAAUUUUCAAUAAGGUUGUGUUGAAGGAAACAUUGUUAAAACAUGAAUUUGAACUUGUUAAAUAUAAUCGUCUGUGGACUUACCGUUUUAAAAAAAUAAUAAUAUCAGCUAGUGUAUGGACAAUUCUAUAUUAUAGAAGUACACGAGAUACAGCAUGGAGUUAAAACCUUCAGAAAUUUAUUUCUCGCAGGAUUCCAUUAACAAUGUUUUUGGCAAAAGAUGUCGGCAUAGUUACCACCUCAUUGGAGAAAGUUUGGAUGCGAUUUGUGAAAACAGGUGCAGUAUUCAUUCUAUCCCGACGAUAUCUGUCAUGAAAAAGAACGGAAGAUGGAUAACUUCCGACAAUCGCCGAUUGUGGGUCUUUCGACAGCUUGAACGUCUUGGAAAAUGCAAAACUGUACCCGUCCACACCACUGACCACAUACCCGCGGGGAAGAUGACGGCACUUAAUAGCGGCGACUCAGUACACGUGCGCGGAAAUCCUGGUGGAAGGUGGCAUCUGAAACCCAAACCCAAACCGGUUAUAAACCAACAGUAUACAUCAAACUCACGUCCAUCGAGUAACAUACACACGCCCUUACUGAAUAGAUCAUAUCUUCGUGAACAUGAAAGGAAUUCGACACCUUGUACAGUUCGACCAAAGACUACACCUGCCAUAUAUGGCUACACCAGUCCCGUAUCUGAACCGGUUAUGAACCAACAGUAUACAUCAAACUCACGUCCAUCGAGUGACAUACACACGCCCUUACUGAAUAGAUCAUAUCUUCGUGAACAUGAAAGGUUUUCGACUUCGCAUACAUAUCACUACCCUACUCCCAUAUCUGACUACUCAACACGAAGGGAGAUAAAUCAUGAUAAUACACAGUAUAGGCCUGCUCAAACGGGAAAAAAGGAGAUAGAUUGUUGUACAAUUUUAUAAAGUAGGGUAUGUUUGAGAGACUCGAGCAUAUCUGUAAAUGUACAUGUCAUUUCUUGUUCCAAUGUUUAAAAUGUUUCAUACCAAAAAGCCCACUAUCACAAGGUGUAAAUACAUCUUGGUUUACAAGUUUGUACAAACUCUAUCAGAAUGUUCUGAAACAUGUCAUUUGCAAUGUGAAAAUGUAAUCUGGCAUAUAGUAUACCACAUGUAUUUCAAUUGCACAUCCAUUGCUUUUAGUCGCGCAUACAACAUAGAUUCCGUAAAGAAGUAUCGAUAAAAAAACAGCAUUUUUGUACUUGAAAUGGUACUUUUAAUAAUGUUUAGUGUGCUUUAUCAUGUUUUGUUUUUUAAUAUUUCACUACUGUUUAUUGCAUUUAUGUGCAUUUAGAUUUUUUUAUCAUAUGAAUUGUUAUUAAAGCGUUCUUCUUUUU